AUGGCUGUGGGGACGAAGGAUCUCCUGAACCGCUCCGUUCUGCAGCGCAAAGAUGUGAUUCACCCGGAUCAAGCCUGUGCCAUCCCGGGGAGGAAGAUAACCGACAGCCUCGUACUGAUCCGAGAUACCAUCUAUUACGUGAGAGACAGAAACAUCAGGCUGGUAGUCUUAAAUCUAGACUUUGAGAAAGCCUUUGGUCGGGUCUCGCACCAGUACCGACUCCAGAAACAUAAAGGCAAAGAGAGACCCACAAGUUAUCGUUGUGAUCACGGCAAGAAAGUCCUCACCACUUCAUCAGGUCUGAGAAAACAUAAGAUGAUUCACACUGGAGAUAAACCGUUCAGUUGUGAUCAGUGUGGAGCAGCUUUUACUGAGUCAGGAAAGCUAAAGAUUCACCAACGUAUUCACACUGGAGAUAAACCGUUCACUUGUGAUCAGUGUGGAGCAUCUUUUACCCAACAAAGUCAUCUAAGCACUCACCAACGUAUUCACACUGGAGAUAAACCAUUCACUUGUGAUCAGUGUGGAGCAGCUUUUACCAGACAAGAUUGUCUAAAGAUUCACCAACGUAUUCACACUGGAGAUAAACCGUUCACUUGUGAUCAGUGUGGAGCAGCUUUUACCAGACAAGAUUGUCUAAAGAUUCACCAACGUAUUCACACUGGAGAUAAACCGUUCACUUGUGAUCAGUGUGGAGCAUCUUUUACCCAACAAAGUCAGCUAAGCACUCACCAACGUAUUCACACUGGAGAUAAACCAUUCAAUUGUGAUCAGUGUGGAGCAGCUUUUACCAGAAAAGAUCAUCUAAAGAUUCACCAACGUGUUCACACUGGAGAUAAACCGUUCAGAUGUGAACAGUGUGGAGUAGCUUUUACUGAGUCAGGAAAGCUAAAGAUUCACCAACGUAUUCACACUGGAGAUAAACCGUUCACUUGUGAUCAGUGUGGAGCAGCUUUUACCCAACAAGGCAAUCUAAGCAGACACCAACGUACUCACACUGGAGAUAAACCAUUCAGAUGUAAUCAGUGUGGAGCAUCUUUUACCCAACAAAUUCAUCUAAGGACUCACCAACGUAUUCACACUGGAGAUAAACCGUUCAGAUGUGAACAGUGUGGAGCAGCUUUUACUGAGUCAGGAAAGCUAAAGAUUCACCAACGUAUUCACACUGGAGAUAAACCAUUCAGAUGUGAACAGUGUGAGGCAGCUUUUACCACAUCAAGUGAUCUAAGGACUCACCAACGUAUUCACACUGGAGAUAAACCGUUCAGAUGUGAUCUGUGUGGAGCAGCUUUUACCCAACAAGGUAGUCUAAUGAUUCACCAACGUAUUCACACUGGAGAUAAACCGUUUAGGUGUGAUCAGUGUGGAGCAGCUUUUACCACAUCAGGUAGUCUAAUGAUUCACCAACGUAUUCACACUGGAGAUAAACCGUUUAGGUGUGAUCAGUGUGGAGCAGCUUUUACCCAACAAAGUCAUCUAAAGAGACACCAACGUACUCACACGAGUGAUAAACUCUAAAGAUGUGAUCAGUGUGAAGUGUGGA